GGGGCGGGGCCACGCCGGGGCGGGGCCGGCGCGCGCGGGAAGCGCCUGUGGUGGCCGCUCGGCGCUGUGCGGCCGCCGCGCGUCAUGGCCCUGUCGGUGCCCGGCUACUCGCCCGGUUUCAAAAAGCCGCCCGAGACCCUGCGGCUGCGGCGGAGGAGGGCCCGGAGCCUGGGGGCCCGGCGCUCAGCCGGGGGGCGGCCCGAGCCGGAGCCCCGCCGAGCCGCUCUGGCGGCCGGGCUGCCCCUGCGCCCCUACCCGGCGGCGGGCAGAGGCGGCGGCCCGGGCGCGCCCGGCAGGAACCCCUUCGCCCGCCUGGACAACCGGCCGCGGGCCGCCGCGGAGCCUCAGGACGGGCCGCCCGGGGCGCCGGGCGCGUUUCCAGGUUCCCCUCCGGAGCGUGGCGAGCUGCGGGCCGAGAAGCCGGGAGGAGCCGCCCUGGCCGCGCCGCCCCAGACUUCACAGAGAUCAUUCUCCGAAUCUGAUAUGCCGUCCUCAAGAAGUACAGAGUUACCUGUGGACUGGAGUAUUAAAACUCGACUCCUUUUCACCUCUCCUCACCCCUUCACCUGGGCAGAUCAUUUGAAAGCACAGGAAGAGGCUCAGGGAGUCGUCCAGCAUUGCAGAGCAACAGAAGUCACUCUGCCUCCCAGUGUACAGGACCCCAAGCUCUGCACGGAGCUUCGCUGUGCUUUCCAGCAGAGCCUCAUCUACUGGCUCCACCCCGCCUUCCCCUGGCUCUCCCUGUUCCCUCGGAUUGGAGCUGACCGGAAAAUGUCUGCAACAACAAGCCCUUGGUCAAAUGAUGAAUCUCUACAACACAUUUUAAUGAGUGACUGGUCUGUGAGCUUCACUUCUUUAUAUAAUCUUCUGAAGACAAAACUUUGCCCCUAUUUCUACGUUUGUACCUAUCAAUUUACUAUCCUGUUUCGUGCAGCAGGAUUAGCCGGAAAUGAUGUAAUCACGGCUCUCAUAUCGCCUACAACUAGAGGUAUAAGGGAAGCUAUGAAAAAUGAAGGCAUCGAAUUUUCUCUGCCGUUAGUAACCGAAAGUGGCCACGAGAAGAAGAAAGCACCUGGAACAAGCGUGGGGCCUGGGGAGGAGCAAGCAGUCAGUGAUGAAGAUGAAGAAGAAAGUUUUUCCUGGCUGGAAGAGAUUGGUGUGCAAGAUAAAAUUAAAAAGCCAGACAUACUCUCUAUCAAGCUGCGAAAAGAGAAACAUGAAGUACAGAUGGAUCACAGGCCUGAGUCUGUUGUGUUGGUGAAGGGAGCAAACACCUUUACAUUGCUCAAUUUUUUGAUCAACUGUAAGAGCUUAAUCGCUGCUUCAGGACCACAGGCAGGACUGCCACCAACUCUCCUGUCACCGAUAGCUUUCCGAGGAGCCACCAUGCAAAUGCUUAAGGCACGAAGUGUAAAUGUGAAGAAGCAGUGUGUUUCUGGAUACAAAGAUCAAUUCAGCUUGGAGAUCACAGGUCCCAUCAUGCCUCAUUCUCUACAUUCUGUGACCAUGCUGCUCAGAUCCUCACAGAGUGGGUCAUUUUCUGCAGGACUGUAUACCCACGAGCCAACCGCAGUGUUCAACAUCUGCCCCCCAGUGGACCAAGUCCCGGGAAAGGAGAUUGUUCGUGAGGAGCUUGCUAACUGUGGGUUGCACCCUAAGACUCUGGACCAGCUUAGCCAAACACCGUUACUGGGGAAAUCCUCUUUACGGAAUGUGGACAUGAGUGACUACCUUUAUAAUUGGAGAGCCUGACCACCAAAGUAAGCCUAAAAGGAAUCUUUGAGGAAAAAAGCCUCUGGCAAGGAAAUUCAAGAUUCUUAUACCUUUGGCUUUUAAUUUCAUUUUGGAAGUUAAAGGAAUAACCAUUAAUAUUUCUUGCAUGUGUUAAGAUCUUAGAUCGGCAUUCUAGCUUUACUAUUUUUUCUAUAAGAUAUUCAGAUAUGAAAAACUUGGGUAACUUGAAAGAACUAGAUCCCUAUAACCUAAUUAUAAACUGGAUAGAAAAUUCCAUCAAUGUCAAGUGCUUCCUUUGAAAUGGAAAAUUGAGGCUAAAUUAGUAUCAAUGACAUCUGGGCAAAACUGGAGCCAAGGGUAAUGAGGUUCUAGCUUGUGAAGGUAGAAACCAAAUUUAUACAAUGUCUGCUGAGUUGAUUGUGGAUGCUUCUUACUUCUUUACAAUUCUCUCCAAUACAUAGGCAUGUUAAUUCAGGUCAGGGUAAUUUUAUUUUGUAUUCCACAUAGAAUAGUGUAUUAAGCGUUUCAAGUACGCUCAUCCAUCAUGGCAAAGUAGUAUUUAAUGUGUGUGUGUGUCUAGUUCAAAUUUUCUUAAAUAAAAGUGCUUAGAAAUCAUAAGCAUUGGGUAGAGAAACAACAGUAUUUAGUUAAAAAGUGUGUUCACUUUACAUUCCAGAAAAUAAAACACCACAUUUAUUCCAGAGAAGUUUAUAUUUCGGGCCUUAAGCUUUUGAAAAUAAAGUAUAGAGACAGCAUAUGAAUACCACUGUAAUACACAUGAAAUAUUCUAUCAGACCCUAAAAAUUAACAUAAACUUAAACUCUCAGUCAACAAAAUAGUGGCUGGGUGCCAAUUUUAUUAGAUAAGUUGGUUACAGCAUUUUAAUUAUCAUUUUACGUCUAUCUAGGUGUAGCAGAAAUUCAAAAUGCACAUCAAAGUAAAACUAUCACAACUCAAUGCCAUACUAAAUGGACUUGGCCUCUGCAGUAGAAUUCUAGUCAGACUUCAUUGUGACUCCCUUCUCAUAGCCCAAGUGGCUUUGACGGGAACGCAGGACUUGGUGCUGAUCAUCACACAACAUACACUUUCCUUUUAUCUUUUAUAACUUCUACAAAAUUGUAAGGGAGAUGGUGGCUUCAGCCCUGUGGAACAGAUCUUGCUUGAUUACAUCAAUAACACUGGCCCCAGUAUCUGUCCAGCAGAACCCAUUGUGAACUAGUACAAGGUGCACAGCCCUUCACUGAUUACAGGCAAGUGUUACAGCAGCCUAGCCACAGGAAGGGGAGUUACAUCAUAGUACAAAAUACAGUAUAAAAGCGUCAUUUAACAUUCCACACUGAAGAUUACGGAUGCCUUCAAACAAUCGUUUGGGUGUUAGCCACUUAAACAAAUACAUCACUAAGGUAAACAAUAUAAACAUACCAAAACCCUGUAUGGUUAAAUACAAUUUCCAUGGUACAAAAAUCAAAGCCGGGAGAUGUUUGUACAGAUUGCUUUUUACACAAUGUUUUAAAUUGCCAAAUAUUUACAACAUUAAGGAGGAAAUACAUUUUGAUGCGGAGUAAAA